AGUCCUUGAAGGCAAGAACACUUUCGAUGACCAGUAUUGGAUCGACAUGAAGGAAAGGAUGCAAGUCAUCCUGACGGAGCUGGAAGAGUCAUGUCCUGAAGGCGUUAUGCUGGAUAUCAAACCAUGCCCAAGAGACUCGAUAACUUCCAAACUUGGGUGGAGACUUUGACAAAGGAGGAUUGGGAUUGGUGGCCCUUUCCGUCUCCCAAGCAUGUUCUGAGCUCCACUGAGGCGCGACUUGGAUGGCGCUGUAGGUGCGACAUAUUAAGAUGGCAAGCCGUACCAGCUUCAUUUGCAGGUAAAAUUGCAAUGUUGCUGCGAAAAUAUCCUCUCGGAAGCCGGAAUCAUACAGCCUCAGCAAACAACCCGACAUCAGACGCUCUACCAACCUCGGCGAAGGCAGAUGAGACGUCGUCGUUGGGAACGAGAUCAAUCAAGACUCUCAGCGCCAACGAAUCAUCAAAGUUGCCCGACUCAACUUCAUCGCCUGGCCAGGAGACUCAAACCGGCCAGAAGCGCGACUAUCCCCGGCCGAGAUACAUCUUCUUGCUCUCAACGACGGGCCGGCAUCGGCUCAGGCAACUACCUUCGCUUUAUCUAGACACCACAGAUUUUGGCCAAGAGUUGCGAAAGGCAUAUCGCGAGCUCAAAGGCUUCUGGAGGUGGUGGCUCUCGCCUUAUAACUUCUCUCAUUGCGAUUUUGUGCGUUUUGAAAAGUUCUGCCGCAACGGCUUCGCCCACCGCGGCCUUGAAGUCCCGAACACAUCCCAAAAGGACUACUACUACAACCCGCGACCCGCCCUCCGCGAACCCCCCGUCUCCCCCGAAGAAUUCAGCCACGUCUUCCACUACACGGCAAAGACCGAGGCCGUCAUCUGGUCAUCGCUUGGUCUGCCGUCCUACGAUAUCGUCGAGGCGCUGAGCGACGACACGGUUGGGUGUAUACCGCAGCGGUACCACUACCUCGACGAGCGGAGUAAUCGCAAAGAGGACCUUUGGGGCCUGUAUGUCCGGGAGCGGAGGUCUGCGCUGAUGACGUCGGUGUAUAUCCUGCUGUGUCUCUCGCCGUUUUUUGCGUUUUGCUUUUUGUAUUUGGGGUUAUUUCGGGGGAUAUUCAGAAUGCGACUACGCCACUUGCGUUGGCGUUGACUGCUCUGGGCUUGUUUUUGGGGUCUAUGAUUAAGUCUUAGGAGGGAGGUGAGCAAUGGUUUAUGUUUGUUGACCUUGCCAGUGGUCUUUUACCGGAGUUCAUGUAAUUCUGAGUGAGUUCAUAUUUGACGUUGGAGUCUCAUACCAAAAACUCGCAUUGGUCAUGUCAUAGCCGUUGUGAGAUUGGAGGGCAAACAGAACAGUCCUC